AUGGGUCAGUUUAUGUCGUCGGUGGUGACCGUCGGCAAGGUGAUUCUUAUCGCCUUGAUGGGCAUCUACGCUUCGCGAAACUUUGGCAACAAGAAGAAGACGCUCAAGGCGCUGAGUUACAUCGCUGUCAAGAUAUUCUUACCAUGUUUGCUGCUUUCGCAGCUCGCAACAGAUAUAUCGUGGGAUAUGAUUCGCACGUAUUACUGGGCAUGCAUCCUGCCCUUCAUUCCGAUGGUGAUUGGCGUUGCCUCUGCCUUCGCCUUCCGCUCGUUCAUCCCCGCUGAGUUUCACGGCUUGCUUCAACUUGCCUGCACCUUCCAAAACGUCAUAACAUAUGGUUUGAGCAUUACGUCAAAUCUUGACAUCUCCUGGUGCGACAGCAAGGCAAAGCGAGAGGCCCAAUCAUACGUGUUCCUUUAUAACGUUGUGCAUUCUCUCUUCCUCUGGUCCGUUGGCAUGAUGAUCAUCGAGAAAUGCGCUUUGGCUUUGGAAGAAGAAAAUGAGUUGGCGGCUAGAGCUGCUUUUGCCACCACUCACAUUCAUAGUGUCGAGACCGAGGCGAAAGCAUCCGCUCCUCUCGAGGGUGCUGAGAACGCCAGCCCGGCACGCUACCAACCAUUGACACGGCUUGAAGACUAUCGCCCGCUCCCUGAACUCACCACAAACGCCACGAGGCGGAGGGUGAGGCGGUUGGAAGACACAUCGUGGCCAGAGUACAUCGUUUUGCAUCUCUCCUACCUCUGUACAGAGCAGCUCAUUUUCAGUUUCAUUGGACUGUUGAUCGCGCUGGUGCCGCCCUUUGGCCUACUCGUCCGUAACCCGGUGGGGGAAGCGCUGCUCGGCGGCAUCAAGCUCCUUGCAGGAGGCGCCGUUCCACUGAAGCUCCUCGUGUUGGGUAUCAACAUCCUUGCAGAGAGUGAAGGUUCGGUUGAACUGCCCCUGCGCUUUAUAAUAUGUGUUAUUGCUCUCCGUCUCUUUUUUAUUCCGCUAGUUUGCUUUGGUGUUGUGCAUCUUCUUGUUGUUAAUGCUCUCAUGCCGUACGAUAGGCCAUUUAUAUUAGUUAUGUUGGUGCUUACUUCUGCCCCAACAGCGAUCAACACAUCGAUUAUUUGCAGCAUGUACUCGUAUAAGGUGAAGGAAUACACCAAGCUUCUCAUUUCUAUGUAUCUUUCAUGUAUUUUUACAACAACCGCGUGGCUUACUGUGUAUGCAUGGUACCUCGAGCCAGAGGCAAGGAGUAAGACUUGA